GAAUGUAGGUGAAUGUGGGAAAGGGGGAAAAAGGACCCGUUCGUUCAUAUGCACAUAACAUGUCAGUCAGUGUCAGGCGCACAUGUUUCACCCCCACACACAUGCGUUGUUACGGGUAACUGAACUAUGACGAUCAUUGUUGACGGUGGACAAACAGUUGCAGUUUUAGUCCACUGCGUGUGUUAGGUGUUUUAUAGUCCUGUUACUUUUAUUCACAUUAAAUUUAGGAGAAAAAGUUACUUAACUCUACAUAAUGAGUGCAGAUUCUACGAAAAAGAUAGAUAUGAUGAAACUAUCUUCAAUGGAUAAAAUCGAUACUCCUUUGUACAAGAAGAAAACUUUCGAUUUUACUGACUAUGCCUACCGCGAGGCGGUGAACAGGCUCAAAUUUCUCUUAACGGAAGCAUAUGAGCCUGCUAAGGCAGCCACAUCGAUAUACUAUCGCGGAGUGGAUGAUGCUCGAUCGGAAGCAUCAAUCGACAAUCAGUCGGUUAUCGAGAGACCCUCUAUCACUGAGGUAUCCAAGUUUUUCAGCCCUGGUACUGUGACACGGUAUCAAACAGGGCCAAGUGGUCUGAAUCGUCGUUAUAGUUUUGUGAAUAAAGAUUUUUCUGGUUCACCACUUAAGCCUGCUCUGUCCACAGUCGGUAUACAUCCUGCUCCUUCUGUUUGCAGUGUGUCGCAAAACUUGGAAGUUGCUCAGCCACCUCCUGAGCUACUAGGAUUUAUUGAAAAGCAGGAAUCCUAUAUUGAACAGCUAGAAAAAGAAUCUCAAUAUUGUCGGGAAGAACUAUCGACCUUGUUGAAAAAAGUGAAAGACGUGGUCUCGGAAAAUGAGGCUCUCACGGACCGGGCCCGCUCGAAGGCAUUCGUCUACCAAGCAGAUUCAUCGGAGAGCGACGACUUGGACUUGGAUCGUACCCGCGAAAAAUCGAAACUAUCGGGCCCUAGCAUUGUGUUUGAGUCCCGUAUCAGCGAACUGGAGGCCCAAUUGGCGCAAUCGCAGAUCGACCUGAAGAAAUUAUUCAACGAAAAUGAAGAAAACAAACGAAAACUCGUGCACGGGUCGGGCGAUGCAAGCAAUGCCGAUGUGUAUCGGAAGCAAGUUGAAAAUUUGCAAAGAGAUAAGCACAGCUUGGAGGAAAAUGUUCGUAAGCUUCAGCUGACCAUCGAUCAGCUCAAGGAUUCGGAAGCUUCGAAUUUCUCCAAAUCGCAGAGAAGCCGCGAUAUGAUUGAGCACGUGGCUUUCGAACGGAAUCAGGCAGAGAUCGAAAUACGACGUUUGAAGGAUGAGUUGGAACGCCAGCAUGAACGCGUGCGCGAAGUUCAGCACGAAAUGGCCAAGCGGCUAUCCGAAGAACGAUCUAACGCUGAACGACGCUACACGUUCCAGGUAGAUCAACUGGGCGGAGACUUGAGCAGCCAGUGGGAACAAGCGACGAAACUGCAGCUCGAAGUCGAACGCAUGAAACGUAUCGAGUCGGACUACAAACGGGAACUCAACCAAAAGAACUCCCAAAUCGACGAGCUGAAGAUGGAGCUGAAAAACAAAACGGCUAUUUUCAUGUCUGACCUUAAUCAAGCUAGUGCGGAAAAACAAUCACUCGAGCAGGAGAUAACUUCGCUGAGACUACAACUGGAGCGUUCAGAACGUCAAUCCAAAGUGGAAGUUUCUCGAUUGAAUGCUGAAAUCACUUCUCUUCGACAGCGCUUGGAUCGCUCGGAUGCCGAUUUGCUUCAUUCCAAGCGAGAAAACCUCAAGCUCUCGGAUGAGGUUGCUUCACUCGAAAAGGAACUCACGUUGGGAGAAUUGAACAAAGAAACACGCCCGUCCAAAGAAUUGGCAAAGAUCAUUUCCGACAUGGAAGCCAAGCAUGCUGCCACCGUGUCAGAGCUCGAGGGCAUGGUUCAAGAUCAAAAACAGCUCAUGGACAAACUAACUGCAGAAUGCAAAAGCUUGACGCAUAAGUUAGAGGACACUACACUGCAACAUAAAAACGAAAAAAAGGAGUUGAGACAAACUAACAAUGAACUGAUGGAACGUCUGAAACAAGUUUGGGCCAAUUACAAAGAAAUCAGUCCAGCUUUUCAAAAACGGAAAUACAACACCGAUCAGCUGGAAGCGGAUUCAAACCUUUCAUCGGCUUCAAAUCACGAUUCCGAGCCUCCAAGGUUACGUCACGAUCCGGCAGUACCACUGGUCACUACACACAGCUUAGGGCAGCAGCUCAGCCAACCGCCGAUGAUGGAUCCAACCAACCAUCUGCAACCGCACAUUCAUCAAGUGCCGGUAAAACCUCACGUCCCGGCUCUCAGAUAUCCGAUAGACAGUACGGCGGUAGCCGACAACAACCAAAUGCCGAGCUGUCUCGGACAAGCUCCGUCAACGACUACAACGACCUCAAAGGCAGCAAAUUCGGCGAUGAGAAACGAAGCGACUCUCGUCUAUCGCGAGCAUCGAUCCCCAAUGAGGACACUACACCCAAGAUGCAAGGAAAGGAGCCGGAGCUUGGACGUACUGACGCGGAACGGAUGUCCAGAGCUAGUGACAGUACAUCCGUUAAACCGGACGGCACCGGCAGUAGUGGCCGACUGUCACGGGAAUCAAUCGCUGGCAGUGACCGGGCAUCCAGGCAAUCGACUCGAGCACAACCUAGCACUUAUACCGAGCAGCCGCAACCCAAUCAAUAUGCAUCAGAAACAGGACGUGAUGAGUCCGUGGAACAGUAUCAACCACCAACAGCCGAUCAAUACCCACCACAACCAUCAGGAGACAUGGAGCAAUCCUAUCAACAGCCCUAUGAUGAGAAUGCCGAAUACAAUCAAUCUCAAUACGACCCCUCUCAGCAAUACGACCAAUCCCAAUACGAGGGAUAUGGAGACCAACAGUACGUUCAGGAAUCCUAUGACCAACAGGGCUACGAACAGCAACAGCAGUACCAGGAUUAUCAGCAACCAUAUGAUGCACAGCAGUACUCCACUGAGCAAGUAUAUGAUGAAUCAAGCUACCCCACCGGGCAGUCCACGCAAUCUCCAACUCAGCAAUCCGCACCAGUCCAGCAGCCAGAACAAACAGAAAGCAGCCGAAAUGUGGGCUACACGCGGCCACGAGGUCCCUCUGGAAAUAUCCCUGCAUCAAAGCAGCCCACUGGAGGUACCCACAAGUAGAGGCUUUUACUACAACAGCUUGCCACGGCCGUUACCCGAGAGUUGCCACUUUCAACCGAUCGAGUCCUAUCCAAGUCUCAGCAUAAGCAGUCCUAGUUUGUUCGGCACCAGUCCCGAGUCAAGCUUAACGCCAUCGCCAACGACCACAGUGCUCAAGAACUACAAUACCGCUAGCCCUAAUCCAUAGCGUAGAACCCGACACAUAACAUAAUCCCAAUAUAUUGAUGCUAUCAGAAAAAAAUAUGUUGUUUAUUAUC